UGUCAGAUGCUGAAUGGGGGCGGAGGAAGAAAACUCAUUAGACUCCUAUAAAAAGAAAGUAUCUGAGGUCAUAAAGGAGUCUGCUGGAGGACGGAGAGCCACUCAGAGCCUGACGGGGACCCGGUGGAGACCUCCUCGCACACCCCUUCAUCCUGAAACUCUCCCGUUUCCCUGCGCGUCUCGCAUAGCUCCAUCAGUGCGCUCUGUGCGCGGCGCAGGAACAGUGCCGGGGCGCACGCUUCCCCGCUCAGAAACAAAAACGUUAAGCCGCUCCACGGGAAAAAAAAAGCUUUGUUCUUGUUUUUAAGCCACGGUAAUCAUUUAGAGGAUGCUCGUCUCAGUUUGGAGUAGAUGCUGCGUUGUGCUCUUUCUCGCCGCUUCUGUGAGGACGGAGGCAUCCCAGGUGUCGGAGGCGCGUCCGAAAGCGAACUCCAUCAGGCCCUCUUCCCUGGAGGAGACGCCGACCCCGGCGGCGAACCGUUCCGCCCCGGUGGCCAGGAAGCACCGCAUCCAUCCGCAGCAGGUGUAUCCGUGCAGUAAUGACAAGGAGUGCAGUGUUGGCAGCUACUGCCACAGCCCCCAGCAGGCGCCGUCUCGCUGCCUGUCCUGCCGCAGGAAGAAGAAGCGCUGUCACCGAGAUGCCAUGUGCUGCCCCGGGAACCGCUGCAGCAACUAUAUAUGUGUCUCCAUCUCCGAGAGUGUGCUGUCACCUCACAUCUCUGCAAUAGAUAAUCCCAACGUGCUGAACGCCAAAGACCAAACCUGGAGGAAGAAAGGCCGGGGCCAGGCUAAGCCUGUGCCAAAGGGUCACGAGGGGGAUCCUUGCUUACGCUCGUCCGACUGCUCGGAGGGCUACUGCUGCGCGCGUCACUUCUGGACCAAGAUCUGCAAGCCGGUGCUGCGGCAGGGCGAGGUGUGCACCAAGCAGAGGAAGAAAGGCUCUCACGGCUUGGAGAUCUUCCAGCGCUGCGACUGCGCCAAGGGCCUCUCCUGCAAGGUGUGGAAAGAUGCCACCUCCUCGUCCAAGUCCCGGCUCCACAUGUGCCAGAAGAUCUGAAGCCAAGGCAGCUGCCACAGGCGCUGAGGCCUCUGUCUCCAUCUGCCACGGAAAGUUUUUAGGAAAAGAAUGGCUUGUGGCUGCACUGAGAGGGAGCAAGAGACAGAGACUAACAAGAGACAGAACAGACUUCUGAGGCGUGGGUUCAAAAACUCGCAAGCGGGCAGCAAAUGGGAAACGCUCUGAUGUGUUUGCCGCGAGCCGCCAUCCCCGCGCUCACGCAAGCACGCAUCUUCAAGACACACAAGCACGCAUUCCUCCUCGCAGCUUUGAGAGAUGGACGAGCUUUGCACCAUUAGAAAAAAAAAAAUAGAAAUAAAACAUGUCCGGAUUAUAUUCAGGGAGCCACAGAGAUAGCCGGCAGAAGCUGUGACGGGUGUGCACUUUGUCAAGGUGGAGACAACAGAUGUAGCAGACUUUCUUUUUUUUUUUUUUUGCCAAAAUACCAAAAAAAUAUAUCAUUAUAAGCCUCUCAAAUCACUUUAACAUAUUUUAAAUGAAUUAUUCCCCCAUAAAUAUUUAAAAAGCCAUAUAGUUUGCCUCCUUCAGACUGCUUCUGGAGUUAAUGUGCUCAGAUGUGACGCCUCAUGCAUGAGCCCAAGGAUCACGGCGCAUUCACGCCGAAGGCUAAUGAGUUUCAUGUGUCGCGUUAGCUCGGCAGACCAGAGAUAAAGCCUGAUGGCGCUCGCCCUGGAGGCCUCCAUUGAUCUGUCACAUCCAGCUGCGAGCCGUCGGGACCAGAGCCGGAGCCCUUGGUGUGUGAGGUGGAGCUCGGCUGCAGACUCGGCGGUACCGAUACCAGACGGAAAGCGGCUCUGCUUUCCCAAUCACAUUAACGAGGCUCAGGGAUAUAAGGGAUUCCAAGUCAGAUACUUUUUUUUUUUUUUUUUUUUUCCAUUAGCGAAGCCCGUAGGAAUGGAGACGUGGGGAGAUUGAUUACAUAAAGCUGAUGUGUUCAAAGAGAAUCCGCCGUUUGAUUCUUUGUUUUGCGGGCGGCACCGAGCCCUGUUUAUUUUUCAGCCUUUUAAAUACCACCACAUACUUUCUUCUCAUGAAAUAUGGUGGGCCUUCGUUUUGUUCUGGAUGUUUUUUGUUUUUUGUUAACAGCCCUAGCCCCAAAGCUGACACUCAUAGUAUCGCUUUAAAGCAUACAUCUUGUAACCAUUUUGAAAUAUCAAUAAGCUCUUUUAUGUAAAUAGACUGGAAGCGAUAUUUAAGAACAAAUGUAUAUCAUGUACAUACAUAGCCAAAUGAUCUGGGAGAGAGGCGAUACGGUGGAUAAGGAGGAGACAAAAAUGUUUGGCUGGUUUUUCAGACUGCCUGCAUUUAAAAAAAAAAGGACAGCUUGUAACAGCUAGAACAACAAUUUCCCAAAUAUUUUGCGCAAAAGGUGUGUAAAUGGUGUGAAGAUGUAUAUCCCACUAAAAUGAUUUGUGUGAAUAUUGGUUUGUUUCUGUGUUCUUGAAAUGAUGGAAGAAUAAAAGGAAUGUAUUUCGUAUCACUGA